ACUUCAACAAACUUUUAUUCCGGCCACGCUCUCUCAUCUCAUCUCCCCACGAGUGUCUGUCGUCUCUCUACUCUCUCUCUCUCUCGCCGUAGAUCACUUCGUUGAAUCUAUUUUCAACCGGAGAAGAUUCGCUGGUUGAAGCUAACUCGGCAGCCAUGAGCUCGGUUUUGCAGGGUUUUACGAAGUCUCUAGCCAUGACUUUUGUCUCGGAGAUUGGUGAUAAGACCUUCUUCGCCGCCGCUAUUCUGGCGAUGCGUUAUCCUAGGAGACUUGUGUUGGCUGGUUGUGUAUCUGCUCUGAUUGUCAUGACUAUCCUCUCUGCUACUGUUGGAUGGGCUGCUCCAAAUCUGAUCUCUCGCAAAUGGACCCAUCACAUAACAACAUUGUUGUUCUUUGGUUUCGGGCUAUGGUCUUUGUGGGACGGUUUUAAAGAAGGAGGAGGGGGUUCAGAAGAAUUGGCUGAGGUCGAAGCUGAACUGUAUUCUGAUUUGAAGGCUAAUGGGAAAACUACAAAAGAUAACAGUAAGACUGAAGAUGAAAACAAAAAACAGAAAAGGCCAUUCCUCACACAGUUCUUCUCCCCAAUUUUUCUCAAGGCAUUUUCGAUUAACUUCUUUGGUGAAUUUGGUGACAAGAGUCAGCUUGCUACAAUUGGUUUAGCCGCGGAUGAAAACCCUUUUGGGGUGGUCCUUGGUGGAAUUGUGGCACAACUCGUGUGUACCACUGCUGCUGUGAUUGGAGGAAAGAGCUUAGCGUCUCAGAUAUCCGAACGAAUAGUUGCUCUUUCUGGUGGAAUGCUUUUCAUUAUCUUUGGCAUUCAAUCGUUCCUUACUUCUGUUGAGGCCUAAUGCUUCACAAAACCUUCUUUGUGGGUUGUAGGGAGAGCUGAAGAUGACGAUGAAGAACGUUGCUAUCUAUACUUUCUUUAGAUAUGUAAUCUUGAUACUAGAUGUUUUACACAAGUCAUUACAAAACUAAUCAGAAAGUUUUAUUUGUCAUGAAAAAUACAUUAAAACAAGCUGGAAGCAGCCCUCUGACUUCAAUAAAGUUUUGGUAAUUG